AUUUUUAAGCUGUGUGAGACCUGAGGUUGUCUCAGCUAGAUUGCUAUAGAUCGCAUCAGGAAGCAUAGCGCCGGCCGGUCGCGAGAAACAAAGCUGACAACGACGAUAUGAUGCCGCAGCUGCGUAGCCUCGUCGCGCUGCUCCUAGUGGCCACGGCAGUCGCCGCCGUCGUGGCCGUCGCCGCAGCCGGUGGUGGGUUUGUCGUCACCGGCCGCAUCUACUGCGACAACUGCCGCGCCGGGUUCGAGACCAACAUCUCCCACGCCAUCCAAGGCGCGACGGUGGAGAUGGAGUGCCGUCACUUCGAGUCGCAGCAGAUUCACGACAAGGCACAGGCGACGACGGACGCCGGCGGGUGGUACAAGAUGGAGAUCGCCGGCGACCACCAGGACGAGAUCUGCGACGUGAGGCUGCUCAAGAGCCCCGAGGCGGACUGCGCCGAGAUCGAGGUCAACCGCGACAGGUGCCGCGUCCCACUCACCGGCAACGACGGCAUCAAGCAGAGCGGCGUCCGAUACGCCAACCCCAUCGCCUUCUUCCGCAAGGAUCCGCUCCCCAACUGCGGCGAGCUCCUCCGAGCUUACGACCUCUAUAACGAGACGUCUGAGAAUUCCUAGACAUCCAUCAUCAGUUUUCCUUCUUUUUUUUCUUUUUUUUUUAAAUGGUGGUUUCCUCUUCCAUCCAUAUAGCACAUUUAAUUUGUUCCAUUGAUGCAUGGAUGUUAUAUUAAUUAGCAGACAGCUUUCCUAAAAAUAAAAUAAUAAGUUCCAUCUCGCAUUAUUUUAGUAGCUGCUUAUCUUUUUUUUUUCACGUUUCCUAGGUGUCAGGCGCCUGAAUGUUUAGGGUGCGUCCGUUAUUCUUCAGUCCAUGCAGCAUCAAUACAAAUAGAUUGUGACCAA